UUUAUUUAUCGACGAUCAGAUCAAUUUUCGUUACAAAAAAUCACACGAUGCAGCAGCAGACGAGCUCAGAAGUAAACGCGAACCAACGGAUUGCUAGAAUUUCCGCCCAUUUGGACCCACCAAAUCUCCAGAUGGAGAACGCUGCCACUGUUAGCCGCUUGAAUUGCCGCGCCAAGGGCGGCGCCGCUGGUUUCAAAGUAGCCAUACUUGGAGCAGCCGGCGGCAUAGGCCAGCCUCUCGCCAUGUUAAUGAAGAUGAACCCCUUGGUCUCAGUUCUCCACCUAUACGACGUCGUCAACACCCCCGGCGUCACCUCCGAUAUCAGCCACAUGGACACCGGCGCCGUAGUGCGCGGGUUUUUGGGGCAGCAGCAGCUGGAGGAAGCGCUGACCGGAAUGGAGCUGGUGAUCAUUCCGGCCGGUGUGCCCCGAAAACCCGGAAUGACAAGGGACGAUUUGUUCAACAUCAAUGCCGGAAUCGUCAAGACGAUCAGUGAAGCAAUCGCCAGGUGCUGUCCGUAUGCCAUUGUUAACGUGAUUAGCAACCCUGUGAACUCCACAGUUCCCAUUGCUGCUGAAGUUUUCAAAAAAGCUGGUACCUUUGAUCCUAAGAAACUAUUGGGAGUCACCAUGCUUGAUGUUGUUAGAGCCAAUACUUUUGUGGGAGAGAUUCUGGGUCUUGAUCCUAGGGACAUCGACGUUCCCGUUGUUGGGGGUCAUGCAGGGGUUACAAUUUUGCCUCUUCUGUCUCAGGUUAAACCUCCAUGCUCUUUCACCCCAAAAGAAGUUGAUUACCUAACAGAUCGCAUUCAGAAUGGUGGCACUGAGGUGGUUGAGGCAAAAGCUGGAGCUGGUUCUGCAACAUUAUCAAUGGCAUAUGCUGCUGUUAAAUUUGCAGAUGCAUGCCUUCGUGGCUUGCGAGGAGAUGCUGGGGUUGUCGAAUGUGCAUUUAUGGCUUCUCAGGUGACUGAACUUCCCUUCUUUGCAUCCAAGGUGCGGCUUGGCCGUACUGGAGCUGAGGAAAUAUAUCCUCUUGGCCCCCUGAAUGAGUAUGAGAGGGCUGGCUUGGAGAAGGCAAAGAAAGAACUAGCAGCAAGCAUUCAGAAGGGGGUUUCUUUCGCCAGAAAAUGAACAGGUUGUGUUUACUACUUUACGUUGGAGAUGAAGCCGUUUCAGAAUUUAGAUGGUCCCUUGAUACCCUUUCUCAACAUCACAUUGAUAGAAAAUAAACGGUAGGUAAUUGAUCUAUCAAAUGCAAACUAAGACGCUCUCUACAACUCCUUGAUUUAGAGCAUCACAUAUAGGUUUCUAAGCUGUGUCAUAGAGCUUGUAUGGUACUCGAACAUGUUCAUCAAAAAUAAAACGUGUGUUCAGGCA